CUGAAAUAUGAAGAAGUUCUUUAACAAGUUGUUUUAAAAAAAACCCAGCAGCCCUAAUUACAUGUUUAAAUGAUUUAAAACAACAUUAACCUGUGAGGUUCAUACCAUGGUUUCCCUACUAACGUCUGGUUCACUCUGGACGCGGAAGUGGCGUGGAACGGAGGCGGCUUCCAUCCGGCGCCCUUGUUAGCCUCUGGUGUGGUUCACACCAGGCGUGGAGCACUGUGGUCCUCCGCGGAAGGCUGGCGCCGUGCAGCGGAUCGUUUCGCCAUCGGGUCUAUUCUGUGCGUGAGCCGUGAGCGAUCCACGUCAAUUCUGGCAGGAAGUCACAUCAAGAUACAUGAGAAAAUCUGGUUUAUUUUCAAAAUAUAACCAAUUUCUCACAAUAAAACUCAGUGAUUGACAAAUGCAAUGAUUUUUUUUUUUUAUCUAAACAGACUGUAGAGAUGAAGAUAAACACACAACUCACACAAACACACAGAUGUAAUGUAAAUAUCAAGAACAAAAGCACUUUGGGUGUUCAAGUUUGUUGAUAAGUUGGAUAUUCUCACAAUAAGGAAAGAAUACAUUUUGACUUCACUGUUCUAUUAUAACCGAGUUCUACAGACAAUGGCCAGAGCUUUUUUAAUGUUUUUAUUUUUGAAUGAUAACUGGUGUUCAUGUGUCCUUUGUAUUUGCAGGUACAAUCCAAUUUAGAAAAUGAGAACAAAGCCCACUUCCAGCAGGCUCAGAGGCAGCAGGUGAGGCAGUACCUAUCGACUCCUGUGGUUGGUAAAGCUGUGGGCCAAUGCGCCAUCCGGCCUUCAGAGCAUGGCGUACCGCCAGGAUCCACGAGUAGCACGCCCAACAGCCCCAUGGCGCUGCUCACUCUCAGCUCCAACUGUGAGAAAGAGAUGAAUGAUGUCAUUGAUGAUAUUAUUAGCUUGGAGUCGAGCUAUAAUGAAGACGUUCUUGGACUGAUAGAAUCAGGGCUCCAGAUCAACAACCAGCUCCCAGUGUCCAGUAGUUUCAUAGAUGUGUACAACAAUCAAGGACUUGCGGUGUCAAACCUGCCAACCAGCAGCUCCUGUGCAGCCAGCAUUAAGAGAGAACUAACAGCUCCUGGCAUGAAGCAAGUGCUGAGCAAGCCUGGAUCCUGUGGCCAGUACGAAAGCUAUCAAAGGCCAGAGGACUUUCCAGUAGAGGCUGAGGUUCGAGCCCUCGCUAAAGAGAGACAAAAGAAAGACAACCACAACUUGAUUGAACGAAGACGAAGGUUCAACAUUAAUGAUCGCAUUAAGGAACUGGGAACCCUAAUACCAAAAUCCAAUGAUCCAGACAUGCGCUGGAAUAAGGGCACGAUUCUUAAAGCUUCAGUGGACUACAUCAGGAAGCUGCAACAGGAUCAACAGAGAACGAAGGAGCUGGAGUGCAGACAGAGGAAGCUGGAGCAUGCUAACGGCCAUCUGCUGCUCCGAAUACAGGAGCUUGAGAUUCAGGCGCGGGCUCAUGGCUUGACGGUGGCGUCCUCCACAUCUGUCUGCACGUCAGAGCUGUUGGCACGAGCCAUCAAACAGGAGCCGGUUCUUGGUGAAUGCCCACCAGAGAUGUACCCGCACUGCUCGGCUCCUGACAUGUCUCCUCCAACAACAAUGGAUCUAAACAAUGGCGUCAUUACCUUUGACCCCGUCCCUGCAGACAGUGGAGAUUCUGGCUCUUAUGUCAUCUCCAGAACCAGUAAAAUGAAGGAGAUGGGAAAGGACAAGCGCUUCAGGUCACUGUCACCAAGUAACUCCUUGUUGUCUUCAAUAUCACCAGAUGUUUCCAACAACAGUAAUCGCUGUUGUAGCUCCAUGCCAAGCAUGGAGGAAAAGCAGAAUAACUGAAUGAAAUGAAUGUCACUGACACUUCCAUAAACAGGUCGGAGAUCUCCUGAGAUUUCAGGUUAAUUUUGAGUCAAAUCUCUUCAUUAUUUUAGUUGCAUAUUUGUUGAAGUUACAAGCUAAUGCUAACAUUAGCCUUCUCUUUAGCCAAAAUGCUUGUAUUUCUCUCAGUGUACUUAUCCUCUAAAGCCCUGGUGUCCACGUACAUGCACAACACAUUAAGGGUUAUAAUUCCAUAGUAGCGAAUCUACCUAACGCGGGCCCUGUGACUGCAGGUCUGGACACGUGUACUACCAUUUGGUGACGUCAGAAGAGUGCAGCACACUGCAGAAAAAAUUCAAAUUCAGUCGGCUUCUCCAAACCCAAAGCUUGACAAAGUAAGAGCCCAAAGAUAUUUCUUAGCUUAUUCUUGUUUAUGUAUGCAUAACAUGAUUGUAGCUUUAUCAUGAAAUGCAAAUUUCAUUAAAAAUAAAUAAAUGUAAAAAUCUAGAGAGCUGGUAAACACAACGCACACACAUAGGUGUCAGAAUCCCCCCAUUCACUCUAGUGUAUUUUUAGUGCUGUCUGAAUCUACCAUUCAUAUUCCAGUGCACUAGAAAUUUCCCAGAAGUCUUUGUGAAAAACUAGAGUGCAUCAAUGCU